AUGUCAAAGCCCUACGAAGUUCUGAAAGUGGCCCGACGGUCCUACGAGCUAGGAGGCGAAGGUAUCAGCGAAGGCCAGAGAGUUGGUAUCGGUCUUGCCAUAAUGGCGGGCUCAAUUCUACUGGUAGUUGCGAUAUGUGUCUUAGCCAAAUUCUAUAUCCUGGCAGGACAAAGAAGACGGCGCAGAAAGGCGAUGUGCCAGGAAUGCCAGCCUGUCUACCCUGCCGCUCUCCCUAUGCAUGAGACACCAGUGGAAUUUAUGCCCGAAGAGCCAGCACCAGCUGUUACCCACGACCACUCAUACCGCUAUUACUGUAAGGCGAGGGAUGCUGCGUCUGAGUCGGUGGCCCGCGAUCAGGGUCUUCCUACCUAUGACCCUGCCCCUGCCUAUACUCCGCACGCUGGUGAGGCUCAGAACCAGGGUAGCAAUCAGACAGGGGAUGCGAGUCGUACUGAAGCUAGAAGAUAUGCGGAUGAUGCAUGUUGA